CCACGUUCUGCGCUGAAUAUGCAGUGCGGCUUGUCGAUGUCGCACAGCUGGGCGCACAGGUGGUACAGGGGCGGGGAGGGAUAAAUGGGGAUUUGCGUCACUUGCUUUCUUUCUUGAUGAUAUAUUGUGUUACAUUUCUUCUAUCUUUAUCAUCGUUUUGAUUUUAUCCAUAUCUCGAAAUUGAAUUCAAGAUUGCGAUCUCCUACAAUUAAUUAAAUGCCUCGCACGCGCAGUCGUCAUGCAACCCGCAUAUCCCGACGCAGUCCACCCCGCGAAACACAUUCUGGGGCCGGUAUUCGUCCAAGUUUGAAGAAAAACGACAUUUGUGUCGGUUGUAUUGUAUGGCUUCCGUCCAAAUUGGAAAGCGAUGGAGAUUUAGUUUGUAACCGUGGGAAAAGUUGUUGUAAUGGGAGAUGCUUGGAUGAUGAGGGGUACAAUCAUCCGGUUGUGAUUUUGGAGCAUGAAGGAGACGUUUGUUCUGUUGCUAUGAUGACAUCCAAACCCCGUCAAAAGUACAACCAGAAAACCCGCAUCGCCAUAUCUCAAACCCCUCAAAAUACAGGAGACCUGGAUACCGAUCCUGAGAUAAAGCUCUAUCUUGAAGCAGGAGAAAUGAAUAAAGCCUCAUUCAUUAUUACUGAGCAUAUUUUUCCAAUCCCCUUCUCAACGCUCCGAGCUAUUAGCUUUAAACCCGAUUCCAGAGCUUUCGAUACAAGACUUUGUAAAACGAGCUAUCUGGAAUUGAUAGGGAGAUUUGAGAUGGAUAAGGAUAAAGUAGAAUGGAUGGAUACGGUGGCCAUGAAAGGGAAACAAGGGAAUGCGAAUGCUGAGAAGAGAAGAAAGGGGCAGAGGAGACCGAGAGUUACAUUCAGAGAUCCAUGGGAGGAAAUCAGAGGGAAUAUAUUGGCUUCGCAUCAAAGCUCUGAGAGCACAACACGACCUCUAGAUCAGAGAAGUCUUUCCGAACCAAUCCCAUCUACAGAUUUCCCCAGCCUUGUCCAAAUAACUCCACAAACACAUACUGUUCCCACAACCCCGUCACCAGGAUGGUACACCUAUAGCCGUGCAACUAGUCUCGCAAACGAACGCCAAUCUCUCCUCCAGCAAUCAUAUCCUAUCCCCUCUCAUCUUCCGCCCUCUCCAUCGCCUUCUCCACCUUUGCCAACAGGACAUCAACAAUACCAUACGAAUGUCCCAUCCCGUGCUCCACGCCCAACUUACCACGUUGCGCUUCCGUCAGUGGAACGCUAUGAUCGUUCGCAUUGGGAUGCAAGGAUACGCAAUAGUAAUUCUCGGACUAAUGAUUUGGAGGGAGGAAGAUUCUGUGGUAGGAACGGGAGUGGGAACGGGAAUGGAGAAGAGGGAGAAAGAUAUGAAGGUGGCUUGUUUGUGCAGCUUGUGGUUGUAUUUUUGGGACUGGGUGGAUUUGUUUGGUGGCUGUAUGGGAAGUAAUUCAUUAAUAAAAGGUCAGAGAAUUUGCGAUUGUUGAGGUAAAUGUGAUGAUGAAUUGAGAUUCGGGAAGAAAUGAUUGAUUUAGCGAGGCAUUUUGAGGGAUCCAUAUAUGUAUAUGAGGCGUUUGGCUUUGAAUAUCUAUCGAAACUAUUUUCUUUAGCGCAGCCGACU